AAUCUCAUCAAAUUCUUAUUAGUUGUUAAACAUUAAAUCAAUGACUGUCUAUGGCCAGAUUGCAAAGUAACUACUACUAAGUACCUACUAACUAUGCGCCUUCGACAGGUGCGAUAUUACGUGAAAUUUAUCGAAAGUUGUUAAAUCUUAUUUAUUUAUGUAAUUAAAGUAUUCAAAUUUGAAACAAAUUCUUUCCACAUUAAAAAUAUCAAAUCAUUCAUUAUUUAAUAAUUCAUUGAUGUUGAAUUUUUCUUUCAAAUAACUAACAGUUUAUAAUCAUGUCAACAAGUGAACUCCCUUGUGUUUACAUAUAUAGUUGUUGUGAUGAUGAUCCAUUGAAAACAAUUAAAUUAUUGAAAAAUGAAGAAAAUAUUGAAAUUUGUAACAAUGAAGGAAAUAUUUUAUCAAAUCGUUGGACAAUCGACUGUAAAUAUUAUACUGCUGAUAUAAAUUUGUGUACAUCCACGAGUUUAAAUGAACUAUCUGAUCAAUUUGUACACAACAUUAAUGCUAUAAUAAUUCUUUUCAGCAUUGAUAAAAGCAAUAUUAUUGAAGCUAUGAAUAAAUGCUUACCUUUAGUUGAGAGAAGUCAAGCUGAGGUUCUGAUACUAUUGAGUGAAAAAAACAUUGAUGGUCAGAUGUUCACURCUACAAACAUAUUUGAAUGGUGUCGAAAAAACCAUUUUGAAUUGAUUGUGCUGGAAGAAAUUGCAGAUGAAAUGGAUACAACUGGAAUUGAACGUGUUAAACAAGCCCUAUAUGCUCAUCAUUGGCCAAAUCUUAAAGCUAAAUGUCAAAUAACAAAUCCUAGUACAAAGUCAAUAAUUKAAGAUAGCGUAAUAAAUUCACAAUUAAGCGGAGGAUUAUCAGAUUUAAAAAUGGACACAGAACCAGAAUCUGAGUUGGAUAGCGACUUAUUUACUGAGAUGUUUGAAGGAGAUUUUAAUUUUUUCAAGACUAUUGACAAAGUAAGAAAGUUAAAAGAACAAAUUUCUGCAAUGCCUGACGAAGAAAGAAAAGAUGCUGCUGAAAAGACAUUGACAGAGUGUUGGAAAGCAUUUUUUGGAGAUGAUGUAGACCUUUAAGUAUUAUUUAUUACAAUAGUGAAAUUAAAAGUAUUAUGAAAAAGAUUAAAUAUAUACUGUG